GAGAUUCGUUAAGUAGUAAAUGUUAUUCAACUAAACUUCAAAUUCGGGCUUAAUGAUAAUCGUUCACAAUUAGCGAUCGCGCGCAACAUGUGUUUCCCGCUUCUGCGUGGGGAAAUAACCGUUUCGUUUCGCAAAACCCGGUGCGAAUUCGAACUUGAGUUUGAACAAGUAAAUGCAGAUCAAAAACCUUCGAUUUUCCGUAUCUUCGAAUUUGCGCAUUGCAGUUCUGAAACUGACUCGAGUGAUGGAGGAAACCUCAUCGAUAUUGUCACCUACUCAAAGACACGCAGCGGCUGCUUUGUUUGCUCUCGCAUUGAAUCAGUCCCAGAUUCAUCAAGGUCGAUCUCCGGCUACUCCUCGCGGCGGCGGUGAUGCUUCUCCGACCACCUCCCAAACCUCUCCUAGGAUUAACGAUAAUUCCGGUUUGCUUUUCCCUAUUUUUAGGUUUCUUGGAGUGGAUGAACCAGCCUGGCAUGACCUAAAGGAAACUACUGGUUCUUCUUCCCAAUUCAAGCAUAAUUUGAAAGAUUUCUUUAAAUUACUCUCUGAGGAAGGUGAUGCAUCUUCUAAAGAAAGAUUAGAGAAAGAAGCUGAAUUGACCAAUGCCGUUGAUGCAACAGAGGCAGGCAUGAAAAGUAAUGCUGAUUCUUUGUGCGGAGGCCAUGAGCAGAAAACUAGAAGCCAAGAUAAUUCACAUGAUGCCGAGUUAAAACUAUUUGCUGUAGGUUCUGAGCCUGAUGGUGAAUCCAAGGAGAGCUCAACUUUGCUUCCUCUAGAGACACAAUCUUCCACUGCACUUGAAGAUGAAAAACCUUUGGAGGUGGCAUCCAUCAUCAGUUACCAGAGAAAAGUAUCAGUUCUUUACACUCUUCUUUCUGCUUGUGUAGCAGAUACUGCUGAGGUCGACAAAAAGCACUGCAAGUCAAAGCAGGGCUAUGAUGCUCGCCACCGUGUCUCUUUGCGGCUGCUUGCUGUAUGGCUUGGUGUGGAAUGGAAUGAAAUGGAAGUAAUGGAGUCUAUGGUUGCUUUUUCGAUGAUGGAGUCUGUGAGUAAACCAGGUGAGGAGGAUCAAGAAUCUGUAGUUUCAGAAACAAGUUGGGAUAAAUGGAAGCGUGGAGGUAUUGUAGGAGCAGCUGCUGUAACUGGAGGAACCAUAAUGGCUAUUACCGGGGGCUUGGCUGCCCCAGCAAUUGCCCAUGGAUUAGGUGCUUUAGCCCCUACACUGGGCGGUAUUAUUCCUGCCGUUGGAGGAGGAUUUGCUGCAGCAGCAACUGUUACAGGAUCUACUGCUGGAUCUGUAGCUGUUGCUGCAUCAUUUGGAGCUGCUGGAGCUGGCCUUACUGGUACUAAGAUGGCUACAAGAAUUGGAAGUCUUGAGGAAUUCGAAUUAAUAGAAGUUGGAGGCACCCAGCAAGGUCAUCUAGCAGUUAGAAUCUCUAUUUCUGGGCUUGCAUUCGAAGAGAACGAUUUUAUAAAACCUUGGGAAAGUUACAACGGUAACAUGGAGAGGUAUGUGCUCAAAUACGAAUCUGAAAAUUUGAUUGCUCUAAGCACUGCCAUCAAGGACUGGCUUACUUCAAAAAUUGUGUCCGAGUUGAUGAGAGGAGGUGCCAUGCUGACAGUAUUAGGCACACUCGUAGCUGCGUUAGCAUGGCCAGCAACUUUAGUCACUGCAUUUGAUCUUAUAGACAGCAAAUGGGCAAUUGCAGUGGACAGAUCCGAAAAGGCUGGUAAGGUACUUGCUGAAGUGUUGCUGAAAGGCUUGCAAGGGAACAGGCCUGUGACACUAAUAGGUUUUUCAUUGGGAGCACUUGUCAUUUUCAAGUGUCUUCAAUUUUUGGCCGACUCCAAAGAAGACAAUGCUGGACUAGUGGAAAGGGUUGUUCUCCUUGGAGCACCCAUCUCGAUUGAAGAUGAAAAAUGGGAGGUAGCUAGAAAGAUGGUGGCUGGAAGGUUUGUAAAUGCUUACUCUACAAAUGACUGGACGCUUGGUAUAGUUUUUCGUGCCAGUUUACUUUCUAAAGGUUUAGCUGGAAUCCAACCUGUCGGCCUUCCCGGGAUUGAGAAUAUUGAUGUGACCCACGUUAUAGAAGGCCACUCUUCCUAUCUGGGGAUGACACCGAAAAUUCUGGAGCAGCUUGAAUUGGACAAUUAUUUUGCUGUUUACAAAGGUGAACAUGAAAACCCCCAGAAACAGAAGAGUACCACGAACUAGCUUUAUAUUCUAUCCCUUUUUCCUCCUUGCUCCACUCUAAUCUCUUUAUUUUAAUUUUUUCUGAGAAUUACUAUCAUGCUAUAUAGGUAAGGUAAAUAAGAAGGAAGAGGCAAUCUGACAUGGAAAUAUGGAAAAUAUUUUAUGUACAGGUUAUUAGGCAUAAUUGUAAACUCACCAGUCAAUAAGUGUCUCUGCAUGUAAAUGGCAGUCAGACAGAGCGGCUUCAGUGACUGUUCUUAUGGUACAAUGAUAUAUAGAAUUAAAUCGUCUCCCUGGAAUUUAUCAAAAAGUCUCAAAGAAAUCUUGACAUGAUUCUGUUUGACCAUUUAUAAGUGUGCUCGAAGUUUAAUAGGCUAGAGGCAAAAUAUCUUCAACAUUCUUAUUGAGAGGGAAAAUGUUCAUAUGGUUGUUCUUUUUUGAAGUUUAUAUUAACCAACAUUUCUCUAUGAUGGAGUAUGUAGCAUUUCUCUAUUUGUUGACUGUGCUCCCACAAUGCAAUUAGUAUGAUUCUUUAUUUGUAUAAAUUGGCUAAAAUUGAUGACAUUUGAUAUUAGGACUGAUGUAUGAUACUUGAUUAACAUUGCGAGGAAUACAAGGGUGCUUCUUUUUGUGCA